AUGCAGCAGACGAUCCAUAUGCAUUUCAGGCAUCUUAUCAUAGAUUGGCUGGAGUCCCAGAAGAUAGAUGUCUCCCGGGGACGGCUGGAGCACAUGACUGUGGCUUAUUCUCGGAUUUCUUCCCGCUCCUUCAUGAAGACGGCCUUAGUUGGUGGUCCAGCAGGAGUUCAAUGGCACGAUGGACGUGCUUUUGAUGAUGCUGAGGAGGAUAUCCCUGAGCCAGCUUCUCCGACAUUCGAGGAGACUGUCGACACUCGCCUGGAGGAGCUGACUAUCGAGGUAGCCGACCUGCAUUCCAUGAUGGAGACCAUGGUCCAUCGACAGACUUCGAUGCAGGCGACUAUGGAUACAUUAGUGGAUUUAGUGAGCUCUUGGGUGACGGGUAAUCCGUCUCAGUCUGCUCCCUCCACAGCUCCCAUUCCCCAGGCUGAGGAUGCUGCUGGUGCUGACACUGAGGCAGUUCCUGCUCCAGCUACUACUUCGGCUCCUCCUCCUGCUGCUGCUGCUGAUCCCCCUCCUUCGAGCGAUGAUCUUAUCAAGUUUUAUGUCACUUUGUGA